AUGCCCGAGCACGUCACGGACAGGAACCUCGUCCAGCUCGUCGGCAACAGCCAGCACAUCAGGUCGAUUGCAGUCGCUUGGCUCUUGGGCUUGGCCACAACAUCCAGAAAGCGGUCAGCCAAAGUGUUUGACGCCUGCUUUCUGCACCUCAGGCACGGUCAGCCAUUCAUUUUUGGAUUUGUUGGUCGGCAGCCUUUUCAUGUUGAAAACAAUGUGCAGGAGCUCACAGACGACGGCAUGGACAAGUGGGCCCGCGCCAUGUGCGACUUCCAUGAGAUCAUCACCGCGCUCCAAACAGCCGUGUCGUUGCUGCCGGACAACAACAACAGCAAGGAGAUCAGGAACCUUCUGAACGUCUUUCGUCAGCCGGAAGACUACAGUCGCACCAAGUUCGAGGAGCAGUCGCUGCACAUGAAGCUGAGGCCCCUGCGCGACUUCCUCAUUGCCAUCAUGGAGCAGGAGCGAGACGAAGACUUGAACGAGUUGUGCGGCAACAAGAAGCCCAUCGUCGACAUCUUGAAAAACAAGGAGUCGGAUCUGGAGCUGGGCGUGGAAUUCCGACACGUGCUGCAGUGCAUGUCCACCAUGGCCGAUGCCAAGGAUGCAGGCGAGAGGGACCGCGUCCAGCUCAGUGCCUUGGUGACAGGCGGAAACCUCGAGUCGAUGGAGGAGUCGUUGGAAGAGCUGCAGAAGUUGCGCGGUAAGGUUUUGGACAAGGUGUCGGAGAAGACGCGCAAGAAUGUGAAGCUCCACUGCAACGCCAACCCGAAACAGACAGUCGCAGCCAUUCCACGCCUUGCGCAAGGCAAGCUUGGUAGUCACCACCGGCUUUUUGUCGUGAGCGCAGAGCUGCUUGACGAGCAUGAGGGCAGCCAGUCGACCCCUUGGGCAAGCGCGCCCGGUAACAAGAACUUGGUUGAUCUCUUGGGCCAACGGUUGGAUUUGGUUCUGGAAAUGGCGAAAGAGCCGUGGGACUUCAUCGUCGUCUCCGACGGGGCCAACAAAUCCUUGCGCCAGACCAUCCAGAACAAGCUCGGCAAUGUCUCCGAGCUGUUGGUCCUUUAUGAGGAGACGAGUCGCUUCCAGGACUACAGCAAGCGUGGCCAGUGGCAGUCGCUCUACUUGUGCAACCCCAAGGGAGCAAAAGAUGCCCAGAUCAACCUGGUGCCGCGGGAGGAUUGCGGCAAAAUGCAGCACGUCUUCGCUGGCGUUUGCGCCAAUGCGACGCUGGACCUGGACCGCAUGUCCACUGACACGAAAAGGUCGGUCUGGAAGGAUAAAGGAUUGGUUCGUCCGCAGAAGUGGCCGAGCGAGUCGAUUCCGUGGCACUGGUCGGAUGUGUUGCCAAUGGACGUCUGGGACUCGGUGAUGACGAUGCUGCGGGUGGCGUCUGUCGUGGACUUGUCUGCCGGGCCAACGUGCUUGCGAUCGUGCCUGAAGUCGGGAACCUCCUAUUUUGGAAUCUGCCACAAUGAUGCUUUUUGUGCCUGGUUGCAGGCAGUCGCCGACAAGGAUUCGUCGGUGCCCCACAUGUAUGACUCCAACCUCACAGAGAUGGUCCUCGAGGCUUUUCCCGAAUUGGCCGAGGAGGACAACGAAGAAGGGGAGGACAAGAAUGGCGACGAUCAGGACGAGGAGGAGGCGACCGAGGAGACGUUGUAUGUCCAGCGGGCAGCCUUGGUGCCCACGCCCGCGGCUGGCCAAGAGAAUGCCAGCGUGACGCCAGUCGAGGAACUGUGGCCGCCCCCUGCAGACGCUGGCACCCAGUGGCUUCAAAAGCUGGCUCAUUGGGCUGGGGCCUCAGUCCGUGCCAAGCUGUCGCAGCGUGGGUUCCAGUCGAGGCCAGAGCCGCUUAUGUUCCACGACGAUGGCGAGGAGCAAGCAGUUGCGGAACCUUGGUGCCCCGAGCAUUGCCUGAUGGCUUUGAAGAAGAACGGCGAGUACAUUGCGGGCGGCCACGUGUUAUGGCUGUCCCUGGCCCGGCACUCUCGCGACAAUCUGAUCCAAGACGAUAUCGCUUACCGUGAUGUAGAAGACCUCGCGCAGAUGAUGCAGCUGCAGCUCAGCGGCAAUUUCCAGAGGCAUUCUCAUGCCUGUGCAUGUUACCCCGGACAUCCAAGGAGCAACAAGCACAGCUUCCCUGUCACAGUCGAGGCGUACACAUGGGAGGUGCCGGCCGGCUACCCCGAGGUGCUGCACUUCCUGUCCGACAUGAAGCCAGUCGCAGUGUGGUGGGUGCCCCGUGUGGACAUGUUCCAAGCUCUUCGAAAUGAGAGAGAGCAGGACAAAGGCAGCGCCACUGAGUCGACAAAGUGUCUGCUGAAACAGAGCUUGCUGGCCAGUCGCACACGAUCCCAGUACUUCGAGAACACGUUCGUGACGUGGUCGAGGAAGCUGUGUGCGUACAUGACUUCCCUGUCAUCAGGAAGGCUGCAGUCGCGCAAUGAGCUUCUCAAGCUCCUGCAGAAGAACGACCCAGGAUUUGCCUACAACGGCCAGGUCGGCAACUACUAUAUGGUGCACGCGGCCGAAGUCGUUUCCGAGGUCGUCGUCAGAGAGGCUCUGCUUGUGCUUCAAGACCUGACUCGUCGACACGGAGUCGACUUUCUGGCGAGUCAGUACAGCAAACUUUGGUACUUGGCAAGCGCCGCGAAGAGAUGGUCUACGGACACCUUCACGCCUGUUGAAGUGCUGACGUUUGUGUUGCUUCUCAUGGGAGACGACCUAGCCAGCGGCGAGCGCUUGAAGCCGAAAGCAGUCACAAAGUCAGCUCUGAAGGUGCAAGCCUGCAGCACUUGUGAGGGCCAGUCGACACCUUGCGUGACGUGCCCUAUCAAUUGGCUGCGAGUGGCACUGGAAAAGGCCCGACUGUGGCAUUACUGCGUGAAGGAGCUGCACAGAAGUAAUGUCUCCCCACAGUUGCUGCAGCAGCUCGCCAACGUCGGUUGCCAUGACAAGCACUGCCUGGAUGGCGACUCGAAGAUGAAGCUUGCUGCGUGGGUGGAGGUGGCAGAGACAGAUUCACUGGAGAAGUCGCUUCGAAAGGGCAAGUCGCAGGAGUACCGCCAGAAGAUCUUAGAUCGACUGCAGGAAGCUUUGGGUUUCGACUUGGCCAAGGGCAUGCUCCGAGUGUCUGCGGCUCCACUUUCGCAGUCGCAGCACGAUCAGCGUGAUGCCAUUGCGGCCAAGGCAAAGUUGUUUUGCGAUGAUCAUGUGCACUUCGAAGUGUACGGGAAGGCAGACUUGCUCGAAGAUGCCCUGAAUCGGUUGCCGCCGGAGUGGAUGCAGGAGUGUAGUGUGUUGAACAAAUCGCAUCGCUUGUUCGUGGUGUCGACAAGCCUCCUGUUCGAGAACGAGAAGAUGCCCUGGAAGCGGUGGAGCAAGACGGCAUGCACAAUCGCUGGCUUCGGCCUCCCAGUCCUGGCCAAGGUCACCACAAUCAUCAUCUACGACUGUCCUGCUGAUGCAUCGCAGGACGCUGUCAAGUUCAUUGAUGACUUUGUCGCCUUGUCCAAGGGCCAGUGGACGAAGUACAAGACUGUACAGGAGCAGCAGAGAGCAGCUGCAGUCGCCAAGGCUAGGCCCAAGGCGAAGCCCAAAGCCCGGCCGCAGUUUAAAAGAAGGCGAGGUCGUCCUGCGCCGGCAAAAGUUGUGAAGCUUCAACAUGGUGCGCCACAAGACGUGCUUUGGUCCUUGUACAGACAAAUUCGAAUUCUGGAUCGGGUGGCAGGGGUAGCGCACGAGUCGUUGAGGUAA